AUGCCGACACAGAGCAAACCAAGACCAGCAAGACGGGAACUUCAACUGAAAGACAAGAUCAAGUUGAUAAAGGCCAAAGACAGCGAGGGGAAGUCAUGUCGUCAACUUGCUGAGAUGUUUGACAUCGGGAAGACCCAAGUUUCGACAGUCUUGAAGAGGAAGGCCGAAUAUCUCGAUGCAUAUGAAGAAAAUGCACCAACAGAGAGGAAGAGGCUCAAUGUGUCAUCAGAGUUGCAAGAUGUUGACGAUCUGACUUGGAAAUGGUUCCAGCAAGCAAGGUCCCACAGCCUCCCAGUAUCCGGACCGAUGAUCCAAGAGAUAGCCAGACAGAUCGCCCUUGGUUUAGACAAGAAAGACUUCAAGGCAUCGAAUGGUUGGCUAGAAAAGUGGAAGACCCGGCACAACAUAAACCAAGUGACAAUUUGCGGCGAAAGUGAGAGUGUCGACGACAAUAUGGUUGAUGAAUGGAAGAAGAAACUGCCUGAACUGGUUGCCGGCUACGACCCGAAAGACAUUUUUAACAUGGACGAGACUGGCCUAUUCUACUGCGCCUUGCCAUGUAAAACGCUGAGAGUACGGGGUGACGAAUGCAAGGGAGGCAAGAAAUCUAAAGACCGCAUCACAGCGUCAUUAUGCGUCAACCUCGAGGGUGAUUUUGAACAGACUCUCAUCAUUGGAAAGUCGGCCAACCCGAGAUGUUUUCGAAAUCUUUCCAAGCGCCACCUGCCAAUCGCAUGGGAACACAACAAGAAAGCGUGGAUGACGGGAGAAAUUUUCGGCCGUUGGGUAAAAUCAUUCAACACCAGAAUGCGACUCCAGGGAAGACACGUCCUGCUCUUCAUCGACAAUGCCCCGUCACACCCAAAAUACUUCAGCCUGUCCAACGUCAAGAUAAUCUUCCUGCCAGCCAACACCACGUCCAAGCUUCAGCCCCUCGACCAAGGAAUCAUCGCUGCAAUCAAGAAGAACUACAGACGCCGUCUCCUCCAGGCCGUUCUUCUUCGAAUGGACAAAGAGGAGGACAUUUCCAAACUCAGCAAAUGCGUGUCUGUCCUUGAUGCAUGCGAGUGGGUGACGGCCGCAGUUAAAGAAGUCAAGUCCACAACGGUUAGAGCGUGUUUUGCCAGGUCCGGCUUUACCGAUGAUGUUAUCGACGAAGAUCCAGAGGACAACCUCCCCCUUGCGCAGCUCAUCCAAGAGGCUCAGAUUCACUUCGGCAUCGACGACAUUAUGGAUGUCGAGGAUUACAUUGGCUUUGACGGUGAUACGGCGGUUACGGAUGACGUAAUGGAAGGAUACGAGCAGCGUCUUUUAGAGGAAUUUCGCACGCCAGCCGCAACUGCAAACGCAUUUGUUGACGACCAAGUACGCACUGCAGAAAUCGCUGACGAUGACGAAAAUGAAACGGCUGAGCCAGAAUGCGAGAUCAACUCCAACGCAAUGGCUCUUCACUAUGCAUCGCAACUUCGCCUAUUCUGCUUAGAUCGGGACUAUGGUGACGUGUUCCAGAACAUUCUGAAAUCUGAGACCUCACUACAAGAACGCAUUUUAGAUUCGAAACGGAAUGCUAAGCAGACAACAUUGGACAGUUUCUUUCGGCAUUAG